GGAGUAGCUCCAGGAAGUGUUGUGCUACUACAAGGCGGAAUUGAGAAAAAUCGCUACAAUACUGACACGGAAGACUUACCAUUUAGACAGGAAUCGUACUUCUUUUGGACAUUCGGUGUCCACGAAAGUGAUUUUUAUGGGACGGUAGAUGUGGACUCUGGGAAAUCGUGCCUUUUCCCACCAACCCUCCACCCUAGCUAUGCUGUUUGGGAUGGCAAAAUCAACGACGAAUCCUAUUUCAAAAAUAAGUACGAAGUCGACGAAGUUUAUUUCCAGAGUAAGAAUGUUAUAAGUGACUACAUCAAAGGACUCAAAAGGAAGAAAGUUCUGCUUUUGAGAGCGGAAAACAGCGACAGUGGGAACGUUCUCGAGCCGCCAGCAUUUGCUGGCAAGGAUUCAUUUGACGUUGAUGUUAAUAAACUGUACCCUGUCAUGGCUGAACUACGCGUUUUCAAAACGGAUGAGGAGCUGGAGGUAAUGAGGUACGCCAGCAAAGUUGCUUCUGAAGCUCAUCGUUCGGUGAUGAAAGCGGUACGUCCCGGUCUAUACGAGUACCAGCUAGAGAGUGUUUUCCGCCACACUUCCUACUACUAUGGUGGAUGUCGGCACCUAGCUUACACCUGCAUUGUGGCAUCAGGAUGUAACGGCUCCAUUCUCCAUUAUGGACACGCCAAUGCCCCCAAUGAAAAGGAGAUCCACGAUGGUGAUAUGUGUCUUUUCGAUAUGGGACCAGAGUACAACUGCUACGCGUCUGAUGUUACGACAUCAUUUCCUGCAAAUGGAAAGUUCACUGACAAGCAGAAAGUAAUAUAUAAUGCAGUGCUUGAAGCCAAUCAAGCCGUCUUCAAGGCAGCCAAACCAGGUGUCCGUUAUACUGAUAUGCAUAUCCUUGCUGAAAAGGUCAUACUCACACAUCUCAAACAGGCCGGGCUGCUUACAGGUGAAGUUGAUGAGAUGAUUAACGCAAGGCUCGGGGCCGUAUUUUUGCCUCAUGGCCUUGGUCAUUUCAUUGGUCUCGAUGUACAUGACUGUGGAGGAUAUCUCGGGGAUGCACUGCCGCGCUCGAAUCUUCCUGGUCUAAAAUCCUUACGCACUACUAGGACACUGAAAGAAAGAAUGGUGAUCACAAUCGAGCCUGGUUGUUAUUUUAUUGACACACUGCUUGAUGCCGCAUUCAAGGAUCCGAAGCUAGCGAAAUUUCUUGUGAAAGCAGAAAUCGACAAAUAUCGUGGACAAGGAGGGGUUCGUAUCGAGGACGACGUAAUCAUUUGGGAGAAGGGCAACGAAAGCAUGAGCGACGUACCGAGAACUGUUGAGGAGAUCGAGCAAUUCAUGUCAUCAGGAGUGUGCAACGAUUCCACAAUAAGGGAGAGCAUACGUGACCAUCUCAACAAGCACUAA